AUGGCUACCCCACAAACCCCUUCGAUCUCCAUUGGUCCCGGCUCCACCAUCGCCAUCACAGGCGUCAACGGCUACAUUGGCAGCAGCAUCGCAACUACCUUCAUAAAAGCCGGAUACCAUGUGAAAGGAAGCGUGCGAGACGCCAGCCGCUGCGUCUGGCUGCGCGAGUACUUCACCAAACUGCUCGUCUCGUCUGACGAUGCCUCCGACUCCAAGUCCUCGCACCACCCCCCUCGCGGGACGUUCACGCUGGUUGAGAUCCCCGACCUUGCCGACAUUGACGCUUACGUCCCGCUCUUGACUGGCGCCGCGUCCCUGAUCCUCACCACCACCACCGCCAGCUUCACCGUCACCGACCCGGCCGCCCUGAUCCCCAUGACCGAAGCGCAGAUCCUUGCAGGCCUGGAGGCCGCCUCGCGCAACCCUGUCGUGCAGAGCGUCGUGCUGACCGGCUCGGCAUGGGCGACGCACACGCCCGAGCCGGACGUGCCCAAGCAGCUGAGCACCACCAGCUGGAACGAAGACGUGAUGCGCGCCGCGUACGACGAGGACUGGGCCAGCAAGGGCAAUGCCGCAGACGAGGAGGCGCGGGCCGCGCGCACAAUGGCCGUCUUCAUGGCCAGCAAAGUCGUGCAGGAGCGCGCGGCCUGGGACUGGGUGCGGCGCAUGCGGCCGCGCUUCCGCUUCAACGUCGUGCUCGCCAGCACGGUGUUCGGGCGGGUGUCGGAGCCCGCGUCGCAGGGGCAGCCUAGCACUGCUGGGUUCCUGGCCAUGGUGGUGAACGGCUCGGUGGAGGAGGUUGCGAAGAUGGUGCGGCCGCAGUGGUUUGUCGAUGUUGAGGAUGUGGCCGUCUUGCAUUUGGCGGCGGCGGUGCGGGCCGAUGUCGACGCUGAGCGCAUAUUUGCGUUCUCGGAGCCGUACACUUGGAAUGCUGUUUUGGAAGUGCUGCGUAAGGCGUACCCGGAGAAGAAGUUUGUGGACGAUCUUGAGGGGCUGGGGAGGUGUUUGGUGGAGGUACCGAAUGAGAAGGGUGAGCAGCUUUUGAGGGAGUUUGGAAGGGAGGGGUGGACGGGGUUGGAGGAAUCAGUGAAGCGGACUGUAGAGAGCUUGAAACUGAUUUGA